AUGCAGUUAUUAUUAUUAAUCUGCCUUCUGCCGCUGCUACAGGCUGCCUACGAUGUAAAAGGGCCUACGCAGAAUCUAACGGCUUUUUUACACGCGCGUCAAAAACGUUAUAUGAUGGUGUAUGAGAAUGGCGCCACAGUACGUUUGGUCGUGGGCCCAGUAAUGGCCAUACAGCUUAAGGAUCCGGUGGCCUGGCGUAGUUUUCUCAACUUUUAUGUGCUACAUUUCGGUGCAUAUGCCAUGCCCUCGGCGCCGCUUUAUCCCUGGGACAAGUGGGAGACGAUCUUCGAAAGAUCGUUGCAUGAAAAAAUACGACAGCUGGAUGCAACACACGAGGAUGACACACGCCUGUUUGCCUACAGUGCUCUGGAGCACUACAUGGACAAUGCCAAUGGCAGGGAGGGUCGUGGGCGAGCGUGUUUGCUGCGUGCCUUGUGCGAGAAUGCGCAAGUGCAUCAUCACGUCGGAAUUAUGGCCGAGUUGCUAAAUGUGCUGCUAACACCAGGCAAGGCGCGCCUGCAGGAUUGCUACAAGGAAGCUUAUGCAGCGGGCUCCGCGGGUGUCGAUUGCCUGCAGCAGUUUGCUUCAUGUCCGCGUGGGCAAAGUGUGCUGGAUGCGUUUGCUAUGGAGGUGACCCACUAAUGUAUGCAUCGUGUUCAAAUUAGUUUAGCUGGCUAAGCUAAUGGUUGGUUGCGCUGUUUGUAAACGAUUGACAUGAUUCUAAACUGAUUUCUGUGC